CGGGAACAAAUCCUACAGACAAAGAAAGAAGGUCUUUGGGUGGACAGAGAGGGAGGGGCUCCCAGCCUGAGGUCCCUAUAUAGAUAGAGUCUUGAUCCCGCCCACCGCGGCUCCAGGGAGCCGAAGGGGAGGGGAUGCGGCCCUCAGCCCGAGCGUCCCCCGCCCGCCGCGGUGGGGGCGGGGCCUCAAGGGGCGGGGCUAUGUGGAGUAGGGUGGCGGGGCGGGGGAGCUGAGGGUGGCCCCCUGGCGGGGCCAUGGAGAAGCAGGACUCUCUGGGGGCUGCCGGCUGCCUCAACGGGGAAUCCCCUGGAGGGGCAACCAGGGGAGUGCCAGGAGGCAUUGGAGGAGUCGAGGCAGGCGCCAGGCCGCCCUCCGAAGUAGUCUUGUGUCACGUUUCUGGCCCCCCCCUGCACUCCGGGGGAGUCGUAAUUCGCAGUCCUCGUUCCAGCCGGCCCUCCGAGGGGGUAGCGGUCCUUGGUUCCGGGCCCAACCAGCACCCUGGGGAGGUUGCGGGCCACAGCCAUGGGCCCGGCACAUACCCUGGCGGAUUUAAUCCCCCCUUCCUUGGAACCCGUGCAUCCGGGACGUCCAGCCUUGGGUCCGGGGGGUCUGGGGUGUACAACUCGGGAAGCAGUUCGCGCCCUGGGUCAACUUUCUUGCACCCCCACAAACCUUGUGAGGACCGGCCCCGGGGCAUCCUCAAAAACAGCAGUUCCAUCUCGAUGCAGAAAUCCCCCAGUGUGGAGAAGAAAAAGUCUCAGCGCUGGGAUGAAAUGAAUAUCCUGGCCACCUACCACCCUGCUGACAAGGACUACGGAUUUAUGAAGGUGGAUGAGCCCAGCACUCCCUACCACAGGCUGCAGGACAGCAAUGAGGACCUGCUUGAGGUUUCCUCCCACACAAUGACUCCCGAAGAGCUGGCGGAGAGGUUUGCAACAAUGGACAAUUUCUGCCCCAAGGUCCUCCAGUACAGUGAUAACAGAAGCUCAGGGUCUUCAGACAACUUUUCCAAGACACACUCCAGUGCUUUUGAGAAGCGCCGCAAGGCACACUACGAUGAAGGAAAGUUCCUUAGGGCUCAGAAAAACCUGCCAUUGGAUAAUAACAAAAACAGCAAUGGGAGUAUUGUCAGUAUGGGAGGUGGCAGUCGAGGUGUGAUGCUGAGCCCAGAGCCCAGACCUAUGGAGAGAAGCUGGGCAGGAGGACUGGCCAGAGGAGUCAAAGUUGAGACUGACUUGAUGACCAAGAACUACAUCCUAGAAGCCAAGGAUUUCCCUACCUCCAGAAAUCAGUCCCCAGCUCCAGCCACCAUCGUGUUAGAGCAGGAGAUUGAUCUGCAACGCAAGGAGUAUUAUAGCAAGGGAAGAUACCUGAGGCGCUCUCCCCACCCAGAGCUUGAGGAGGACACAGAAUGUGAGCAGCAGGACAGCUCCACAAGCUUGAACUGGAUGAUGGAGAAUCCCAUAAGCACUGAGGUCCGUCUGCUGGACCACACAGGAAACCACUUUCAGGAUCCCAAGGCUACCGAGAACUCCCUGACGGUGACAGUGACACCAUUGCUGCCUGAUGCAACUGUGCAGCUUCGAUGGACUCAGGAGGAGGAAGCCAGACAAUGGAAAAUGUAGCCAGCUGGGAAGGGGGUGGGGACCAACCUUCCCCUGCCCUCACCACCCUAGGAGUGGACAAUAAAGAGAAGAAGAGCAGGCCUCUGGGUGCUGUGAAUUGGGGACCCAGGCUGGGCCUGCUCCGUCCUUGAGGAGAGGGGAGGAGAGAGGGAAAUUCACACACAGGAAACCACGGGCAGGCUGAGCAGAGAAGAAAGCUUGGAGUAGUCUGGGGAACUGGGCUCAACAAGAACCUAGGAGUCUGAGAAGGCCCAACUGCAGCAGGAUGACAGUGAUUGGUGUGAUUCAGUCAACCAUAAAUUUACGGUAUCAUCUUUACUUCUUACAACAACCCUGGAGGUAGGGGUUAUCAUCCCCAUCUUCCAGAUGAGAAAACUGAGGAAUCAGAGAGCU